AUGCAACAGACCAGGCACAGGGUUGAAUCCUGGUCUGGCAGUGAGACAGGUUCAAUUGCUGGUAUAGCCUUGAGAUGGCUCAAUUGUUAUUCAUUUUUCUUCACUUUUAAACAGGUUUCCCCUGCUGCAGCUAAAAAUACUUUGGAAAUCAAGGGUGAAAGGAGUGAGAAAAACAUAUGCCCCAGCUUGUCUGGGUGGGAGGGCCGGUCAAAGACCCUGUGUUACUGGGAUGAGUCCCUAUACCACUGUCUCCGUACAAGAGCUGGCUGGUAUUUAGAGGUCUGCACAAAACCUAUUGAUGUAGAACCAGGUCAUUAUCCUGAAAUAUCUGAGGAAUUUGACAGACUAAACAUUGUGCCAUGUCCAACCGAAAGGUAUCAACCAGAGGGUGCACUAUCCAAUCAGUUCAAAAAGGUCACAUGUGAAUACUCCAAGACUAAAUGUAAUGGAUUUGGAGAGAAUUAUUGUACUCAGGGUACCACAACCAAGGAUCUGGAGUGUAAAUGUGAUUAUCUUCGUGGCUACAGAUCUUUAGAAUACCUCCUUAACAACCCCCUGAACAAAUCGUGCUACAGUAAGAAAGAUGUGGGUGGGGGAUGUGUUAUGUAUGGCUGUACUAAUGCAGGGGAGGAGUUAAACCCAGCGUACCAGUGUGUUAAAAAAUGUGAUCCAGGAUUUUAUCGACCACCAGAUGAGUUUAACUGCAUUCAGAACAAAACUACCUCUACCCGACCUGCUACUACACCAUACUCAGGUACAACCUCUCCUGCUACUGCUGAAACGGAAACUCCUACCACUAUUCUGGUGCCUGUUAAAUCAGCUCCACCAAAGUCUCCAGUUACAUCCACUGUUGAGAAAUGGAAGAUCGCUGGCUACGUCACCCUGGCUGUUGUUGCUCUUGUCAUUAUUACCCUGGUGGUGUAUUUCUUUCUGGAGAAAUUUUUUAAAAUCCAUAUGAAACAACCUUCCAUCAUUACACCCAGCUUCAAGGAUGAUGUGACACUAGAGGCAUAUGUUCCAGGAUUCUCCUGGUUUAACAUUGAAUUUCAGUGGAGUCGGAUAAAGGGUGAGGAUAUAAACCAUGAAGAAGAGGAAAUUCAGACUGAUGGAGAACAGAGCCACUUCCUUAUAAGGACAGAGGGCUGUACCUCUAGUCUUACGAUAAGUCAAGUAACUGUACAACUGGAGGCUGAAUAUGUCUGUAGAGCUAACUUAAAAUGCUGGUCAAGAAUCGCUGAUAAGACCUCAACAACUCUGUAUGUAAAAGGAGGCCAGUUUUACACACCUCAGCCAUCACCACUGCCAAGUCCUCCUGCAGACAAAAAACAAGAAGACAAAAAAUUUCCAAAUGUAAAUGGAUUAUAUGCUCCAAAAGCCACCAUGGACACUGAUGAUGAACAUGACAACAAACCAAUAAUUGCAGGAACAUAUAUCAAAGAAAUUCAUAUACACAAAGGAAAAAACUUUGCCAUAGGUGAUAAAAGUACUCUGGUUGUUACAUAUGAUGCCAAGAAUAAGAAAAAGAAGAAAUCAAAGAGAAAAAAGAAAAAGGAGGAAGAGUCUGAUGAUGAUUCGUCUUGUAGCAGUGACACACCUCUUGUUGAACCAACUAAACCUGUCUCAAAUCUUCAAAGGGAGUUAAAAAAUUUAGAUUUGUUAGCACAGAAGUCACAAUACAAGCUGAAAGUUUUGGAUGUACCAGGAGAUGGACAUUGUUUAUACCAUGCUUUCAGCCAGAGUGAUGACAUGCAUGGGCUGCCAGAUGAUCCAACAGUACUCCGGAGAAAGCUUGUCAAAUAUCUGGAAUCCAAUCCAAACACUCCUGAUGGAGUACCAUACAAGGAUUUCCUUUGUCUUCCAUUAGAUCCCGAUCAUGGUGUUCUUCAACCUGAAGACAUGGCAAUAGAGAGGGUGCAAGAUCAAGAAGAUCAGAAGGAACUUAGAUGGCAGAGAUUCCUUAAAAAGAUACAAGAUGGGGAGUGGGGAGGGAGUUUGGAGAUCAUGGGACUAGCCCAGCUCUUCAAUGUCCCAGUCACUGUGCUUUCUGUGGGAAUGAAUGGCUUUAGACUUAAUGAAAUUUCCUUUAAUCAUACCAAUGAAACAUCACCAAAUCCAGUUGUUUAUAUUGGGCAUUUGAAAGUACGUGGAAAAGGAGUACAUUUUGUUUCCUUCAGACCUCUUCAAGAAAAAGCCAUUGAACAACCAACAAGUAUGCAGCAUGGAGAGCUACACAGGAAAGCUAUAGACAGCAGUUAUCCCUACAAAGAUGGGAAGGUGAUUGUUGACCACGAACUAGACAAACGGAUAGGCUGCAUAGAAAUCACAGCUAAAAGAAGGAGCAACGGCACAGGGUUCAGGGUCGGCAGCAAAUACGUCAUGACCGCAUUCCAUGUCAUGGAGGAUGUUCUAGUUCCAUUUUGGAAGCAAGUUUAUAGCAGACUGAAGGAUGAAGAAAGACGUCCAUUGAGGUGGACAGCAGAGAAUGUACCAGUGGAUGGCAGGUGGAAUCUCUCUAUCCUCAUAACAUCACUAGACCCUAGCAUACAAGGCACGCUGAUAAAAAUAGCAGAUGAAAUGAUUACAAAGUCUUCUUUAAUCAAAUUUGGAUUUGUGGAUGGGAAAUCAGAUACAAAAAGCGUUCUAGGGUUCUCUUAUGAUGUAGCUUUUGUAUCCCAAAAACAUGACGUUGUGAUCUUAGAACUGAAUGAAGAUACAAAUCUCCCACCCCCUCUUAUACUGAAGGAUACAAACAUUCCUGGAGUGAAACUCCAUGUGAUUGGUCAUCCGAAAGGAAUCGAACUUCAACAUGACCCAGGAUGUAAAAUCAUCGAGGAUCAGGCAGAAUUAACUGAACUAGUAAACAAGGGCAUUGAUUUCUUCACAGGUCUUGGUUAUAAAAUUGACCAAGUGAAGGAAGACUACGCCCCUUGUGUCCUUUCCUCGGAUCACAUUUUAUUCCACUGCUCUGAGAGCACUGCUCAUGGGGCUUCCGGUUCUCCACUCAUUGUCAUCAAAGAAAAGCCUCAAGUCACAGGAAUGCUUCUGAAAGGGCAUCCCCAUCUUUACUACAACUACAGCAGUGGUAAGGAGGAUCAUCCGGAGCUGCUGGUGGAAUCCGGAAUCUCCAUGGAAAAAGUCCAUUCCCUCCUUAUAGAACAUUCUCUAAUUCAGCUAGCAGAGGAGUUGUUUUCUCAAAAUUUAUGAAAAAGAAUGGCAUUCUAGAAGUUGUGUUGAGCUGUGAUUCUUUCUAAUUUUUUUUUUCCUUUUUUUUUUUUUUGAACGAAACUUUUUUUUUCUUGCAUUUGAUGCUAGCAACUUUUAUGUUACCACAAGAAAAUUUACACUCACAGAUGGGGCAAUUAUUCAUCAUACAUUCACUCCUGGCAUUUCAAAUGCUGCAUUAUUUUCUAAAUUGUUGGCUUUCAAAUGGAAGAUGACUUCUAAUUUAACAAAUUGAACUUUAAUUCCUAAGGGACUCAGAAUUCAAUCAACUCACAACAAAAUAUUUUUUAUUAUAGAAAUAAAUUUCUUCAAAAUGAAAAGUAAAUGUUUUAAAUUUAAAAGUAAAACAUUAAUUUUUUAGCUUAUUGUUUUUUAUUUAAACAAAGUGAUUGUCAGGAACUCUCCUUGGACAUUUGAACUUCUCCAAUUUUACAAGUAAAUUAGCAUGAUCACAUUGUACAUGUGCUUUUGAUUUUCAAAUUCUACUGAGUCUUAUGGAGAUGUUAUAAUUAAGGCGAAUUAAUUAUUUUACCUCAAUUAUCUUCUGACAGGUAAUAAUGAUGCUCAGUUGAAGUCAUUUUGAUCUCCUAUUUUACUGCGUAUCUGCAGCAGUGUAGGCUAUUUUGUAACAGCAAAUACUGUAAAUUAAUUAAUAUACUUAUUUUAGCUAUUAUUGUAAUUAUAAUUAGCACCUUUGCACUGCUUCUUACCCACUUAUUGAGUACAUGUUGAUAAUUACCAGGGUAUAUGAUUAAAACAGAUAUGUAUAGAAGCAUGGGUCCAGUGCACUAAUUUAUGAUUAUGCUAUUUACAGUUGAACUUCAGUAUCUCGAACACUGAUAUCUUGAAUAAUCAUGUAUAUGUCAAAAUGAUUUGGAAAUCCCAACCCCUUAUUCUGUAGGUAUUUUACCCUGGAUAUCUUGAAUUCUUGGAUAUUUUAAAGUUUUUUCUUGGUCCCAUUGAGUUGGAGAUAAUAAGGUUUGUCUGUAGUUGAUGAGGAAGAUCAUGCUUAGUUUUAGGUGCAUUUAUUUAUGUACAUUUUCAGUAGUCAUGCCUAAUUUUUGGACAUGAUAGUGUGAAUUGCAGUAAAUAUGACAAUAUAUUAGCCAUUUCUUCUUUUUUGAAGGGGUUCAGUGCUGAUGUAAGAGAACGCAGUAAUUAAACAUGUUAGUGUUGUUUUUAAUUAGAAAACUUAUGGAAGUAAGACUUAAUUAUUUUUUUUUCUGUUUGAGGCAGCAGAUUUUGUGCUAAGCCAGUAUAUGAAUAUGUUUUGGAAACAAAACAUGUAACUACAUUUAAGUGCACUUACAUGCAUGCAUACAUUCAAAAUUAUGCAUGGCAAGAAGAUGGAGGUGAAAAAUCAUGGUGGUAUUUGUUCCCAUUGUCCUCAUAAAUUUCACUCUGAGAUAAUUUGUUAUUGUGAGGAAUAAAUGUUAAAUAUUUUAGAUAAAUUUGCUCAUUUAAUAUUGUGAUUGAAUUGUUACUGUAUAGAUGCUGUUCUGUUUAAAAGGUUGACAAUUUUAUCAAUAUAUUUAUCUGCUUUAAGUUUGUUCAAUGUAAUAUUUU